AUGCAAGGCCUUCUGCUCUCGCUUUCCCUGCUCGCCUCGGCAGCUGUCGGCGUCCUCGCCUCCGAUGACCUCAAGAUCGAUGUCACGCUCCCCGUUGAGUGCGAUCGCGUAACCAAGAAGGGCGACAAGAUCAAUGUCCAUUACAAGGGCACACUCAAGUCCAAUGGCGAGAAGUUCGAUUCGAGCUACGACCGUCAAUCGCCAUUCUCAUUCAAGCUUGGAGCUGGCAUGGUUAUCAAGGGUUGGGACGAGGGUCUCGUCGAUAUGUGCAUCGGCGAGAAGCGGACAUUGACCAUUGGCCCAAGCUACGGCUAUGGUGACCGCAAUGUUGGACCUAUUCCCGCUGGAUCUACUCUUGUCUUCGAAACGGAAUUGGUUGGCAUUGAGGGUGUGCCAAAACCCGAAUCGAUUGUUACCAAGUCGGCCACCGAUGCUCCCGAGUCCACGGCAAGCGCGAAGGUUGUUGAAAAGGUGGCCAGCGUCGCCAAGCAGGCGGCUGAGGUUGUUGAGACCAUCAUUGCCGACACCGACGAUACUCAGGAGCACAACGAGCUCUAG